AUGCUACCUAGACGAAUAUUCAGAGUUGUUUUAUAUGCAAUAGCCUUUCUAUCAUUAGCCUAUAUUUUGUUGUUAUUUGCAAAUAAACAUCAAAUUAUAGAGAUAAAUAAAUUUAUACCUUAUGGAAUAUUUUCAUCAACUGCUCCUUCGUUUUUUCAACCACCAUCAGAUCUGUUUAUUUUAGAUAUUUCGAUAAAUCAAUGCUACUUUUAUAAUUAUAAUAAUCCAAAUUGUGGUAAACCUGAACCGUCACAAGGUAAUUUUGGUGAUAUAAGUCCAUACGAAGGCGGUUGGGUUAGAUUAAAGAAAGAUUUAUGUCUUGGUAAAUGCUGGACCCAUAAGGAAUUCUUUGCAGUUAAAAAAAUUAAUCAUGAUAAAUAUCAAAAACUAAUUGAAGAUGAAAACUUGAAAGAUGAAGUGAUAGUAGACAUUGCUAUCGCUAAUCUGGAAAUAGACUCCAGUAUCAAAGGAAAUGAAAAAUUGAAACUACCACGCUACAUAAUUGAAACUUAUCAUAAUCUGCAACAAUUUGAUGACUCGGUUCAUGCUAAUUUGGUCGAUCAAAAUAAAAACGAUAAAAUCAAUGUCAAUGACAAGAGACUCAAAGUAACGGAUAGAGACAAUUUGGAUAGGAUGUUAUACGUACCGACAAUAAACGAAUUAGAGAAGAUAGGCUGGACGUAUAAAUCACAUGGAAUUUGGGUAAAAUAUGGCGAGCAUGAUUCAAAAACAGCAAUAAAUGCAAUCGACUUUUUGUUUGGUCCAGAAGCUGUUGAACCACGACCAAAUUGGAAUCUUAUCAAAAACCCAAUAAAGGAUAUAUCUAGUCCAUUUGGUUUAAAUGCAUUUAUUACAUACCGUAGAGGACCCAAGUUAGACUAUAAAAAAGAAUACGGUACUGCGUUGAAAAUGAAUGCGAACGAUGAAUUUAAAAUCUUGCAAGUUGCAGAUCUACAUUUCUCAACUGAUUAUGGAAAAUGCCUAAAUCCCGAACCACCAAAGUCUGCAAUUAAUUGUAAAGCAGAUUCUAGAACUUUGAAAUUUAUAAAUAAGGUUUUGGAUAUUGAAAAACCAGAUUUGGUCGUGUUAACAGGUGACCAAAUAUUUGGGCAGACUUCGCCUGAUUCUGAGACAGCCGCUUUCAAAGCUUUAGCACCAUUUAUUGAAAGAAAAAUCCCAUUCGCAAUAGUCUUGGGUAAUCAUGAUGCUGAAGGUUCAUUAGACGCUCAAGAAUUAAUGGGAUUGUAUACCGAUUUACCUCACAGUGUAUCAGCAGUUGGACCAGUUGAUAUCGAUGGAUUCGGUAAUUAUAUGGUAACUGUUGAAGGUAAAACAUCUUCAUCUGUGGCAUUAUCAUUUUAUUUUGUAGACUCUCAUGCGUAUAGUCCAAAUCAAAAAGUUCAUCCAGGUUAUGAUUGGAUAAAGGAAAAUCAAUUAAUGUAUAUGAGAGAAGAAGCUGCUUCAAUCCAAGAUGAUAUUAAAGCAUUUGAGAAAGAAACUUUUACGGAUCCUGACACAGGUAUGAGUAGAACAAAGACUCAUCUAGCAAUGGCUUUCUUCCAUAUUCCAAUACCAGAAUUCAAAAAUGUCAACAAACAAACAUUUGUAGGUGAACAUAGAGAAGGGGUUACCUCACCAGGUUAUAAUUCAGGAGCAAGGGAUGUAUUUCAAGAAAUCGGUGUUAAAGCAAUAAGUAUAGGUCAUGAUCAUUGUAAUGAUUAUUGUUUAUUAGAUGAAAAUCAUACAACUAACGAUGAUGAGAAUAAGAUUUGGUUAUGUUAUGGAGGUGGAGUAGGAUUGGGUGGUUACGGUGGUUAUGGUGGUUAUAUUAGAAGGUUAAGAAUUUUUAAUUUGAAUACGGCAAAGGGAGAAAUCAAAACUUGGAAAAGAACUGAAGAUGCACCAGAUCAGAAGAUUGAUGAACAAGUUAUUGUUACUAGCGGGAAAUUGGUUAAUUGGUAG